GCAAGCUACGCCAUUGAUGAUCACAUCAAAAAACUACUGCAUCUGUCGCAGUUCCAACCAUUUUUUCUGUAGUUCUCUGUUAUCUUUUACUCAAAUCUCGAAUAACCCCAACUCACUUCAAAUCAAAACCCAACCCAUUCAACCCCACCAACACAACCAACAAUGUCCGCCUCGUCCUUCCGCCAACUCCUCGGCGUGCCCCCCUCAACCGCCAGUCCAAAAGACAGCACGCUCGUCAUCAUCGACGCGCAAAACGAGUACGCCGAAGGCAAACUCAAAGUCUCCAACGCCGGCGCCUCGCGGAAAGCCAUCGCCGCCCUGCUGCAAAAGUACCGCGACGCGGACGGCAAGGUGGUGCACGUCAAGCACGUCGUGCCCGACGGCGCGCCCGUCUUCACGCCUUCGACGAACCUCGCCGAGGAGUUUGACGAGCUGAAGCCCAAGGGCGGCGAGCAUGUGGUGGAGAAGCAGCAUCCGAGCAGUUUCGCCGAGACGGAUUUGGAUUCGCAUUUGAAGAAGGGGGGUGCGGGGGGGAAGAUUGUUUUGACGGGGUAUAUGGCGCAUGUUUGUGUUUCCACUACUGCCCGCGAUGGUGCUCGUCUGGGGUAUGACGUGUUGAUUGCAGAGGACUGUGUUGGGGAUAGAGAUAUUCCCGGCGCUUCCGGCGCAGAGGUGUCGAAGAUGGUGAUGCACGAGCUUGGAGAUGCGUUUGCGACUGUCGUACAGAGCAACGACAUCAAGUAGUGUGGCGGUAUAUGCUUCUUGGCCUUCACCAC